AUGUUGCUAGCGGGACAGCUGCCGGUGGAACGCGAAAUGGUCGACAAAGGCGUUCAAGUUCGACCCAAGGGAGCAAGCGUCAGUCCCAACCUCUGGGCCAACUGGACUGAGCAGGGAAGAGCGACUUUCCGUCCGCCAUCGAGCGAAGUUGGUCGACCGACGUACUUCCUGGAUGCGGAGGAAGCGGAGUCAAGGCUGCGACAGCUGCGGCAGGAACUGAACAGUGCGAACGAGGAGAGAGACGGCAUGAGGGCAAAGGUUGUCAAGUACGAGAACAAGCUGAAGGAGAAGGACAAAUUUCUGGCGCAGAUCCUACAGAAUCGAGUCCUGCACCUCCCGUCGAAGUUUGCGAGCAUGGUGAAGGAGUGCCUGGCCAGUGACGUGCACAACCAGCUGGAGGAAGCAAAGAUCACCAUCGGUGAGCUGAAAGGAAAACUCAACAUAGCGCAGCUGGGGAGAGAAAGCAGCAUGGAGGAGAAGGCUCCUGUUGCGUCUCAGAAGAGCCCUGCCUCGAGUCCAAGGAAGAGCGCAAGGUCCACUCACAGCAUUCCAAGCACGCCCAAGUCGAAGCACACGACUAGUCAAAGUCAGGGAGACGCUCUGAACUCAGCCCGAGCAGAAAUAGAACGACUUCAGAAGCUUGUUUCAGCGGGUGAAACGGUCAGGGAGGAAGAAGCAAUCCUGCAGGAGGAGGAGGAGCCGACGGCCAACCUCUUCACUUCUGUACAUGACGGGCCUGAGUUCGAGAACUACAUCCGGAAGCUCGCUGGACUCCCUCCGAUCCAGACUGAUGGCGACAAGAACAAGGCCUCCGUCAACGUGGCCCCGAAGCCCAACCACAAGACCAGCCACUCCAAGACGAGCAAGGCCGGAGCUCGUGAGAUGCUCAUGUACGAAGUCGUCGUGCAGACCGGAAGCCAGCCAGGAUCAGGGACGAGCGCUAACUGCUUCAUCACACUCUGCGGCGACAAGGGCGAGUACGGGCCCUGCUCGCUGGACAGGAACGUGGCCAAGUCGUCGACUGGGGAAGUGCUGGGAACGAACUCCAAGGACACGUUCGACAUCGCCUGCCUUGACGUCGGGAAGCUGAGCUCAAUCAUCCUCAGCCACGACAACUCUGGGGAGAGCCCGGACUGGUUUGUGAACCUCGUCACAGUGAGGAGGGCGAAGAGGGAUAAGGAUAACCACCGGGUGUACGACCUGUGGUAUGAUGACUGGAUAUCGAUGGACAAGGGGUCCAAGUCGUUGAACGCCCACCUCCUCUGUACGUCCACCUCCCAGACCAAACACGCCGAGAGCAGGAGGAGCGUCGCUCCGAGCGCACAGAAGCACACCAUGGCGACCAGGAGGUCACAGGAGAUCAACAGGAUGAUGGUCGCCAAGGCUUGCAAGAGCACCUUCACAGCAGUCGAAGAGAUUCAUCGGCCCAGCAAGGUCGCCAGGCUUGACAGCGGCCAUGGUCUUGUCGCCUAUGCCAAGGAGCUGGGAUGUGCGAGUGUGCAAACGCCCCCAUCCUGCAGAAACCUCCACGUUCUGCUCGUCGGGGCGAGGGAGAGCUGCGUCAAGUUCCUCCAGUGGUACGGAUCCUGCAAGCUGCAGAACACAGGGAGCGGAUCGGAAACCAACUUCACCCUAGCGAGGGCGACAAAGGGGGGGGAGUCGGCAGCUGCGAGUUGCCUUCAUCGGGGGGAGGAGGCGUUCAACGCUGCCCCGACGCUCAUGACCAUGUCGGCGAUCCGAGGCCUUGAGGAUGCUUUCUGUGUCGACGAGGUUGUCACUGCAGAGGCGAGGUUUGCUCAGAUCAACUUCGUCUACCCUCCUGCCAUCCAUGGCACUGCACCGGCGGACUUCCUGCCUGGCGACCAAGUCAGCAGCCUGUUGGCACAGGCUCGAGCCGCGCUGCAAGGGAAAGUGAACGCGCUCAGAGACGCGCUGAGGGCCAAGGACAGAGACAGGACGGGGGAGGUAGGGAGGGAGGACUGGAUCUCAGCUAUCAGUUCUCUAAACGUGGAUCUCCCUGCUGCCAAGGCUGAGCAGCUCUUCAACGCUGUUGACGUCUGCGGUGGAGGCUCCAUAGAGUACCAGCCCCUGCUCGAUACCAUCGACAGCCUGCAAAAGAGCUACAGCUACGACCUUGACCAGGCAUUCGAGACCUGCGCACAGCAUUGCGACUUGAUCAUCGGCAUCACGGACCCCAAGUCUCUGCACUACAACUUGAGGGAGCUUCACGUGCUGUCGAGGCUGUGGAGGAAGUUCUCUCACAAGAUGGAGAUCAACUGCCUCUUCCAACCUGACACGUACCAGGACACCAAGAACUUGACUAGGCUCAUGUUUGGGCAGAUGGUGGUAGAGAACCGGCUCGACGACAUUCUGCGCGCCAUCCUCGACUCCUUCGUCACCCUCGAGAACGACUGCGUGAGCGCGACACACGACAACCUCAAAGCACUGCUGGACUCCCUCUGGGGGCAGGAGGACAAGACCCUGUACACCAGCGUGCGGGACAGGAUGGUGGACUGGCUUCAGGCCUGGCAGGAUGGGAUUGGGAGGAGGAAGAGCCCUGCCAUGAAUCGUCUGCUCGACAUCUGCAAGCUCUCGAUCAAGGACCUCCGGAGAGGCUUCGUCGUCGUCGAGGACGUGGAGGGCUGGACUCCGGCACAGGUGACGGGGAUGCGGCUGUUCGAACUCAGCGAGGAGGAGAUGAAGAGGAAGCUCGGGGUCGCGUCGCUGGGGCAUCGGAAGGAGAUCGUCAAGCACGUGCAGAAGCUCUUCAGCGGGAGGAAGAACUGGCUCAAGCACUGA